AUGUUCUUCAUCAGUGAUGCGAUUAGAGUGAUAAGUUCGAUAUCCGGCGGAGAAGCUAGCGAUGGGAAGAACAACUAUUCGUCAUGGUUGAUGAAUCCGAUGAUUCUUCACUUCAGUAAGCAUGAAUUCAUCUUGGUCAAUUUCUGGAAGACUGGAACAGUCAUUGGUCUGUCCGCAUCUGUCCUUAUUGUUUUCUUGUUAAGCGUUUUAUAUGAAGGAGUUAAAGCUCUUCGAUUAUACUUCGCUCGAAAUCGUGCUGUUGAACGACGAAAUCAACGCAUUCAGUCAAACAUUGUCGUUCGGGAAUCAUCGGAACAUGUUGAUAGCGUGAGCACCGAAAUGAUCUCAUAUUCACCUAUAUUCGGCUUUAGUGGACUUCGAGUACUGAAACGGAUGUUCACGUUUUAUCGAAUAGUUCAAUCAUCAUUAUACUUUACGCAGGUACUUUUGGCUUAUACCUUAAUGCUUAUCGCAAUGACUUUUAAUGUUUGGAUAGUACUUGGAAUUGUAGUCGGCGAAGCGACUGGUUAUUUCCUUUUUUCUGAAGAACCGACUUCUGAUGAAAAUAUUGGGACAAGUUUUUGA